AUGGACAGUGGCCACUCUCGAGAGCAAAAGAACGGGAACGCGACGAGGAGGAGGGGAGCGAGUUUGGCCCACUUUGGAGACCAUUUCAUGCGGAGCGUAACAAAACUAGGUGGACAUCGUUCCGCUCUGUUCCCAACAAAAGUCGAACAGAGCGGAGUACGUUCGCAAAACAACGCGCAAAUCUCCAAUUACUACAACUCAAAAGUACAGAAAACACAGUUAAUAGUCGCUAAACUAUGAUACAUCGUAUUCAUUACCUGAAAAACAGGAAUAUUAACGUAUUGGCCAAAAAAUUAGAAAAAUCAAAUUUAUUUAUAACACUAAAGUAUAUUUUGGCCUUUAUAGUACUAAGGUACGCGUUAUUGGCAAAAUUAUUAAAAUCAAAAGUACGCUGAUAUUACAAACCUACUAUACCACUUCUCCGUAUAAUAAAGCCACCAAGCGAAUAAUAUAAAACUUAAUUUCAGCGUUCAAAACCUGCUAUAAUAUGCCAAAGUAUUAACGUGGUCAAAGCAAGAACACCUUCUAUGAACAUUAAUGCGAGAUCCAAAAAGACGAAAGCGCAGAAGAGCAGAGCGCGUGUCCACAACGACUCUGAACGUCGGUCGCGUCCGACUGACCCGCUGACCUCUGAGAACGGAGAACGCGCGAACGAGCCACACUUGUUCGUAUGA